UUUGCAUUGGAGACAGUUGCAUAAUUUGUAUAUUUAGCCUGUGAUGGAUUUUUGGCACAUCAAUUACAUCGCAAGGAAGCACAAGAUUACAUUGUAAAUCAACAUUCAUAUUCAAUCGUUAGAAAUUGAAAUAUAUUCAACUAAAACUUGAAGGCAGCCAUUAAAAUGACGGUCGUCUGUCAACUGUUCUCACUUCCAGAUGAGAUACUCAUAAAAGUAAUUCUCAUGUCUGAAAUUAAAGACAUAAAGAACUGCAUGCUUGCUUCAAAAGAACUCAGAAAUUUCAUCUUUAACACACCUGAGAUUAUGAGAAAGGUUCAAAUUAAUUUAAAGCCAAGUUUCAAUGAAUGGGUAGAAGCAUCAACGUUCCUUAAAGACAGAGGAAGUGCUUUAAAAAAUUUAAAAUUUAAAUUAUUUGAUCUUCCAAGACCGCUCAUAAAGUUUAUCUUGGAACAGACACCAAAUUUAGAGGAACUUAUUUUAGUUCAUACACAGCCAACUGUCAAACAAGUUCCAGAUGAGAUGGACGAGCAAAUUGAUGAUAAUUUACCAGAAUUGCCAAAAUUGAAAGCUUUAGAACUGGAACUGUGUGACUUAAGAGACUUUCUUAAGAAUAUCAAAAGUAUUAAAACUCUCGAAAAAUUCACAGUCAGUUCAAAAAGUUAUGAAGACCCCAAAUUGCUGAUGAGAUUCCUAAACCAACAACCGAAUUUAAAGGAACUGACUAUGAAUGCUACAAAGGAAAAUGAAUACGUAAAGUUCAUUAAAUAUUUCAGUUCUAAGGCAAACUUCCAGUUAAGAACAUUUAAACUAAAGUUAUGCAGUUACAGAAACGAGCGAUACAUUGUCGACUUCCUGAAAACUCAAACUGAAUGUUUAGAAGAAUUGGAAUUUAAUGAAGAGCCUGAAAAGGAUGUUCUCCAAUUAAUUUUUGGACAGUUUAGGAAAUUGAGAAAAUUUUCGAUUCUCAAGACUGGCUACAGACCAAUCCUGUUCAAGAAGAGUUUCCCGCCAAAUCUAAUCGCUACAUUGACGUAUUUUGAAGGAGAUUACUUUGUGGAUUUACAUCAGUUGAUUACAAAGUUCCCAAACAUUGCAACUUUAAAGUGCAAAAAGUUGAAAGCUGAUGGAGGAAAUUAUGACAAGAUAACAACAUUAGAAGUAAAGUUUUUGGACCUCGAAAUAUUCAUGAAUGUGACAUUCCCGAAUUUAAAGAAUUUCUCAGUCACCAAAAACAUCAAGAACUGCUUUAAUACUGAUUCUUGUGAGGCAUGGAAGAAGUUUGCUAAGAACAUUGAAAAUGUCGAGAACAUCACAGUCAAGUAUGCUGGAGAUCGCUAUGAAUUCUCCGAUAUCGACUUCUUUAAAGGUCUAAAGAUUUUCCAUAAUCUACAAACAUUUUCGUACAGACACAUGCUGUAUGGUCAAUUAUCAGACAAACCAGUAAGUGAGAAUGAAAAGAUCAAGGAAGAUAACUUCUACUUAAAGGUGCUGAUUGAUGGAAAUAAGAAAACAGUCAAAGUAUCGAACUUCCUUGUUGAUAGAUACAAAGGAGCUUUAAAGGUAUUAUUUGACACUUUUCAAGGAUAUGAAUUCAUUGAAUUCUGCUUUGAAGAUAUUUGGGAACGACCACUCAACUACAAAACUGCAAUGACUUAUUAUUUGACAAGGAAUAAUAAGAGACCUACUGAAUAUAAUGGAAAGAGCUUAAACAGAAAAGUUAAGUCGAUUAGAAAUUAUUAGUUUUUUAAGAAUAUUUUUAAAGUUUUGUGCCAAAAGUUGCAUCGUCUCUGCCUUAAAAGUUUUAAAAAUAAAUUUUAAUUUAAAGCAUGAAAAAAUCUUUAAAAAUAAAAACAAUUUUUCAACAAUGAACUGUACUGAGUAAUAAAAU